AUGACCUUGGGCGACUCCAUCACUGACAGUCUUCUCCCCGCUCUCGCCGAUGACACUCACACCCAGUCAGGUCGUUGGAAUCUAGGCACUGCGGCUCUUGUACUCAAAGGCGUAUCCGAUAUUAUAGGCCAAUUUAUGAUUGGCUAUUUUCUCAACACCAGGUCUAAGCAUCAUGCCAUGAAUCUUAACGCCACUAGUAUUCUUGUCGCCAGUCUCGUCACAUUGUUGAGCUUAUGUUACGAGCAGCAAUGGCCUAUCUUGGUUGCCAUCGUAAGCCCUCUAGUAAGAUGUAUCGGAGGAGGAUCUCAUGCCUCGGCAUUUCUCAUACUCGCCAUACUCCAUGAUCAGGCCCCCCCUCAUUACCGGUUCGCAAGUUACUACUGCACAGGAGCUGUUUCAGUCGUGGCCCAAUCUUUCGGUCCAUUCUUUGCCUCUAUCCUCGCUGAUUACACUCACUUCUUGCCCGGGAUACUAUCCGGAAGCUGUUGUCUCAUAGGCUUUGGAAUUGUUGAUUCACUGAAGUCCACGGCUUGUGAGAGCAAUAAUUCUAGUCAUGAUGAGUCCACUUCCUUGCUGCCUAACCACCAAACCGACGCUGAGCUUAAGAGACUCAGUAUAUCGGUUACAGAGUACCUUUCUAGAUGCUUUGGCAAGAAGUCUCUCCUCAGAACUUCGAGUCUCAUAUUUCUGCCACAAGUGUUUUUCCUCAUGGCUAUUUGCAAAUCAACUCGGCCACUUUUCAAAACCUACAUUCAGCACAGAGACGAUGUUAGUCCUUCAGAGGCUGAGGGUUUGUGGCUUCUCCGUAGUGUUAUGAGCGUUGUCAUCUUUGGCAUCAUCCUACCGGGCAUCAUUCUGCACACUGCACCGAGGGUCUCAUAUCCUAACAGUAUCAACCUUCACGCCGCCAGAAUCAGCGUUUUAUUUAUCUCGAUUGGUGCCUUCAUGAUAGGUCUAUCAGGUUCUCUACGUUCCAUCACUGCAGCCCUUGUGAUAAAUACUCUCGGCGUUGCAACUGACAUAAGCCUGCUUGCCUUUGGGUCGUGUGGCUUCAGCAGCUCUGCUGCAGGAACUGUCAUGAUGACCUUGGCAUCUAUUGAGAGUGCUGGAACGCUGCUCGGGAUCGGUAUUUUAUACCCGAUCUAUCAAUGGAGUAUCAAAGAAGACCUACCGUUUCUCGUAGGAGGCGUUCCUUACUACAUAUGUGGGUCUCUUUACGCGGUCACUGCCGUAGUUGUGUGGUCUUCAAGGAGAAGCCAAGCUAAUGAGUCAUGA